AAUAAAAGCAAGUGAAUCUGGAGCAAGAACAGAGUUCAAAAAACCAGGGGCCUGGACCCAUUCCUCCCCAAGUCCUCUCCACACCAUGAGGGGGAAUCUACUGACCUUGUCCAUCUUGAUUCUGCCUUUUCUACUCCUUCCCAGAGAUGCUUCAGCUGCAGAAAAACCGCAUUACCUAGUGUUGGUUCCAUCAGAACUCUUUGCCGGGGUUUCUGAACAAGCCUGUGUUAUCCUUCAACACCUGAAUGAGACAGUGACAUUGACCAUGACUCUGGAGUAUGGAACACAGAAGAAAAACCUCUUUACAGGCCCGGUGACCCAGAGGAACUUCUUUUUCUGCAUCCCUUUUCUUGUUUCAGCGUCGCCUAACUUGCCCUUCAUCACGGUGCAAGUAAAGGGGCCAACUCAGCAGUUCAUGCAGAAGAAACCAGUGCCCAUCACAGAGCCAGACAGCAUAGUCUUUGUCCAGACAGACAAGCCCAUAUACAAACCAGGACAAACAGUGAGAUUCCGCAUCGUCUCUGUGGAUGUCAGUUUUCACCCUUUGAAUGAAACGUUCUCUGUUGUUUAUAUCGAGAAUCCCAAGAGGAAUCGCAUUUUCCAGUGGCAAAGUAUCAAACUGCAAGGGGGACUCACCCAACUCUCUUUCCCACUGUCAGUGGAACCCAUCCUGGGUUCCUACAAGGUUGUGGUGUUGCGGCAGCCAGGAAAAAGAACAGAACACUCCUUUGAGGUUCAGGAAUAUGUUUUGCCAAAAUUUGAAGUCAAAGUAAAAAUGCCCAAGACGAUUGGUAUUCUAGAUGAAGAAUUUCCAGUGACCGUCUGUGCAUCUUACACAUAUGGAAAACCCGUCCCUUCUCUGGUGACCAUCAAUGUAUGCAGGAAUGUCAUGCAGCAACCUUCCUUCUGCCAGAGCAAUUUUCCACUAAACGUUUGUGAAGAAUUCAGUCAACAGGCAGAUAAUCAGGGAUGCAUCACAAAACUCGUAAAGACUAAAGUGUUUCAGCUGAGACAAAGAUGGUACGACAUGAGCAUACAAGUGGAAGCCACAGUCAGAGAGGAGGGAACAGGGGUGGAACUAACUGGCUCUGGAUCGAGUGAAAUCACAAAUAAUAUAAGCAAAAUGAAAUUCACAAAAGUAAAAUCACGUUACAGACUUGGAAUACCUUUUCGGGGGCAGGCUCUCCUGGUUGAUGACAAGGAUCGACCGAUUCCCAACGAAACCGUGUCUGUCCUUGUGGAUGGACUUCCAAUCCAACUCAGUUUUACUACUGAUGAAAAUGGUUUGGUGGACAUUUCCGUUGACACCACCAACUUUACAAUGUCCACCAUUGCUGUUACGGUCAUUUACAAAAACAAUAACCACUGCUUUCAUCACGUGUGGCUUGAAGAGCAUCACACACCAGCACAGAUUGUAGCAACCUCUGUCUUUUCACCAAGCAGGAGUUACGUUCAACUUGAUCUUAUUGAUUCUGUGCCUUGUGGACAAACCCAGAAUAUUCGGGCAUAUUACAUCUUGAACAGACAGAUUCUGAAAGAUGAAAAAGAGUUAACUUUUUAUUACUUGAUCAAAGCAAGAGGAAGUAUUUCAAGAUCAGGAAUCCAUGUGCUGACCAUCACAGAGGGAGACUUGAAAGGAGAGUUCUCCUUCUCCUUCCGCGUGGAGGCGGACAUUGCUCCCACUGCUCAUGUUCUUAUUUAUGCUAUUUUACCUGAUGGAGAAAUUAUCGCAGAUGUUGAGGACAUGGAGAUUGAAAACUGUUUUGCCAACAAGGUGAAUUUGAGUUUCCUUCCAUCCCAGAGUCUGCCAGCCUCAGACACACACCUGAAGGUCACGGCCUCUCCUCUCUCACUUUGUGCCCUCCGUGCAGUGGAUCAGAGCGUGCUAUUGAUGAAGCCUGAGGCUGAGCUCUCACCUCAAUCGAUCUAUAAAUUGCUACCAGCAAAACCUGCUCCUGUUGGAGGAUUUGGAGAGCCAGAGUAUGGGGAUGAAGAAUGUAUCAACGCAGGGGACAUUGUCCACAAUGGACUCAUUUAUACACCAAGGCAAAUCUUCAACAUUGACUUUGUAGACCAUAUCUUCAAGUCUAUAGGACUAAGCAUGUUUACCAACUCAAAAAUCCGUAAACCCAGGUUUUGUGCAAUGCCUGUACCAAUGGGAGGAGUACCAGCAGCAGGUAGAUUUGGAGCAGGAGAAAGCAUGCCUUUCCGUGGAGGGCUGGCGAUGCCAAUGCCAGGUGCUGGUAUAGGUGCAGUGGGAGCAAUGGCUCCCCCAAUGAUGAUGCCUUUACUCUCUCAGACCAUGCAAGUGAAGGAGACACUCCGGAAGUACUUCCCUGAGACCUGGAUCUGGGAUUUAGUGAUGCUUGAUUCUUCGGGUGGAAAUGAGUUAUCAUUGAAGGUCCCUGACACCAUUACAGAGUGGAAGGCCAAUGCCUUCUGCUUGUCUGGAACCACAGGGCUUGGCCUGUCCCCUGUCAUCUCUCUUGACGUCUUCCAGCCCUUCUUCCUAGAGCUCACCCUCCCUUACUCUGUGGUGCGAGGAGAAGCCUUCAUACUCAAAGCUACCGUGUUCAAUUACUUGUCUCACUGCAUUCGGGUCAAGGUGCAGCUGGAGGUCUCAUCGGCUUUCCUGGCUGUCCCAACAGAGAAGAACAAGGAAUCUCACUGUGUCUGUGGAAAUAGGCAGAAAACUGUAUCCUGGUCUGUGACUCCAUCAUCUCUGGGAAAGGUGAAUUUCACUGCUACUGCAGAGGCCUUGCAAUCUCAGGAACUGUGCAACAAUGAGGUGGCUGAAGUUCCCACACUUCAACAGAAGGACACUGUAGUCAAGACCUUAAUAGUUGAGCCUGAAGGCAUAGAAAAGGAAGAAACUUUCAACACACUGCUCUGUGCAUCAGACACUGGAGUAACGCAAAACAUACCUCUGAAAGUGCCGUCAAAUGUGGUUGAAGGCUCUGCCAGAGCUACCUUGUCGGUUCUGGGUGAUAUACUAGGCUCUGCAAUGCAAAACCUUGAGAAUCUUCUCCAGAUUCCCUACGGUUGUGGAGAGCAGAAUAUGGUCCUCUUUGUCCCUAACAUCUAUGUUCUGAAUUAUCUGAAUGAGACACAGCAGCUGACACAGAAAAUUAAGGCCAAAGCCAUCAGCAACCUCAUCAGUGGGUACCAAAGGCAGUUGAACUACAAGCACAGUGAUGGUUCCUAUAGCACCUUUGGGGACAAACAUGGUAGAAGCCAGGGAAACACCUGGCUCACUGCGUUUGUGCUCAAGUCCUUUGCUCAAGCCCAGUCACACAUCUUUGUGGAGAACGUACACAUCAUGAAUGCCUUCACCUGGCUCUCACAGAAGCAAAGGGAAAAUGGCUGUUUCCAGCUCUCCGGCACUCUGCUAAACAAUGCUAUGAAGGGUGGGGUAGAUGACGAGGUGACACUCUCAGCCUACAUCACCAUUGCCCUGCUGGAGAUGCCCCUGCCUGCCGCUCACACAAUUGUCCGCAAUGCUCUCUUCUGCUUGGAAGCGGCAUGGAACUCCAUUUCAGAGGCCCAAGGAAAUGUCUAUACCAAGGCAUUAUUGGCCUAUGCCUUUGCCCUAGCAGGAGACCAGGCCAAAAGAAAUGAGCUGCUCAGAUCACUAGAUAAAGAGGCCAUGAAAGAUGAGGAUUCGAUCCACUGGCAACGUCCUGGGAUUCCACAUCAAGACCUCACACUGUAUUAUCAACCACGAGCUCCUUCUGCCGAAGUGGAGAUGACAAGUUAUGUGCUCCUGGCCUAUCUUACUGCAUUGCCUGCGCCAUCUUCAGAAGACCUGUCUGUGGCGUCACGCAUCGUGAAAUGGAUCAUCAAGCAACAAAAUCCCCGUGGGGGCUUCUCCUCAACACAGGAUACAGUGGUGGCUCUCCAAGCCCUCUCCAAAUAUGGAGCAGUGACUUUCACAAAAAAUGAGAAAGGAGCUGUGGUCACCAUCAAAUCCUCCAAGACCUUCUCUGAACAAUUCCGAGUAGAGGAAGCCAAUCGCCUGCUACUACAGGAGGUCGCGUUGCCAGAGAUUCCCGGGGAAUACAGCACAACAGUGUCAGGGUCAGGAUGUGUGUACCUCCAGACAUCCCUGAGAUACAAUAUCCUACCCAAGAAAGAGGGGAAAGUACCCUUCAGUCUUCAGGUUACUACUGACCCCAAGAAUUGCGGUGGAGCACAUACUCGCAGGACAUUCCAGAUUAACAUUAACAUUAGUUAUACUGGGGGACGACCCACCUCUAAUAUGGUCAUUGUUGAUGUCAAGAUGGUAUCGGGCUUCAUACCUGUGAAAACAUCAGUGAAAAAACUCCAAGAACAUCCUCAGAUUCAGAGGACAGAGGUGAACACCAACCAUGUCCUAAUUUACUUUGAAGAGCUAACAAAUAAAGCUCUGGAUUUCUCCUUCUUGGUGGAACAAGACAUCCAAAUAGAGAAUUUAAAACCAGCUAUGGUAAAAGCCUAUGAUUAUUAUGAGACAGAUGAAUUUACUAUUGAACAAUACCAUGACCCCUGCAGUGCUGAAUCUGAACAAGGAAAUGCUUGAAAAUGAAUAUUUACGGAUGUCAGCACUUGAAACAAAGAACAAAGACUCAUAAAAAUAGAGGAUAGUGAGAGAAAGAAUGGAAGAGGAUUCAUGAGAUUUCUAUGUUGAAUAAAGAUAUAGUAUUU